UUACGCUCUUUUUGUUCACCGACAGAGUGUUAAAAGUAACGCUGUGACCAGUUGACCUAUGACCGUUUUACAUUGCGACCCGCGCCAAAAAAAGUUCUGACAUUCGAUUGGUCAAAACGCAAAAUCGGAAACGAAAGAAAACAACAUAAAUAUAUUACGAAGUUUGCAGACAACUGAUACAAACGAUGGCAACAGAUAUUGCAGAUCUGAAUGAUGAAGAAUUGAGGGAAAAGUUAAUUGAGUAUGGAGUAAAUGUUGGACCCAUUACAUCAACCACUAGACUGUUCUAUGAGAAAAAGUUGGGGAAGCUGAUAGACUCUGGUGGUAAUCCCACAACUCAGCCAGAAACAGAGGAGUCAGAAGAGGAGGAAGAGGAGGAGGAGGAAGAUGAAGAAGUACAGUUUAAUUACAGCAAGAGCAAGCCUCCAGUUCAGCCAAAGCCACAGUACACAAGUACUCCCUUAGUGGAAACUCCGAAUCCAUACAAGCCUGUGGAAACUUCUAAACCAUACAAGCCUGUGGUUCAGCCCAGAACAGCCACCCCCACCAUGCCAGCCAGAAGAAACGUCCCAAGUGGCACAGAGGAAACAGUGUAUAAGAAAACAGAGGUUCCAAGAAAUACUGCACAGAAAUCUGGUGGCGGUGGUGGAAUUGGCAUGUGGCUUAAGUUGUUUUUCUUGUUGAGUGUUGCUUUUCUUGUUUACCUUGUCGUUAUAAACAUGAACCCAACAGCGGAAAAUAAAAUCCCUCUAACCUUUGAUGGUGACAAUUGAGUAAAUUAUGAUGUGCUGUAUCUGUUCAUUGCAUAAUUGUGAAACAAGGAUGCUUGGAUUUUUUUGUGGUAUCGGUUAUUUAUAUCAUUAUGUCCCCUUUCGGAGAAGUGGGGAUUUAAAGCUUUGCGCCUCUUGGUAUUUUGGUCAUCAGAUGAUCUGCACAUAGACCAUUUCAUAUCAUCUAGCGAAUGCUUUGACCUAAGAUCAUGCACUUUGGUACAAUGGUUACUUUAGAAGAAAGUACCAGUAAGACCCCUAUUGAUUUUGAGGUCAAAGGUUAAGGUCACACGGGAUUGUAACAUUUAACCAUUUUUGUUGUAUUCUUAAAAAAUGUGUUCAUACCUUGGACCAGUUACUCAAAGUAUUCUUAAAAAUAAAAGCCUUUUAUCUACUAUUUCAUGCAUCAAAUUUAUUGUCGUUUAAUAAAUGUUACAUUUUGUUUCUAUGGGAUAGCUCGAGAUUGCUCUAUUCUAUGAUCAUCCAUAGUAUAGUGCUGUUUAUUCAGGAGGAAACAAAUAGGCCUAUUUAUUUGAUGGUGAACAAUUUAAAGGUCAAGGUUGCAGAUGCUUGUAACAAUAAUUACAUUUUAAUGCAAUAUCUAGUAACGACUUAACUAAACUAAGAUCAUAUAAAUGAGGAUGCUAAUUAUUCUAUGCUGAAUUAAGACCCCAAUAAUGUGAAAUAAAGAAAUCAUAGGUCAAAUUCACAGAGACAUGCACUAUGAAAAACUCAAUAGACAAUUCACAUGGCAACACCUUGGCUGCAAAAAGAAGGGUGAACAUGCUUUUACAAACAUCUUUUUGUUUGUCUGAAUUAAUUAUAUCAUUUCUCACAGACAAAUGCUUUUGUUGCUAAAACUAAAAUGAGAAAAAAAUAAUCUAUUUGUAUCCAUGCUGAUACUGAAUGUUAAAUAUUUGUCAUAUAAACCAAUUUCCUGGUAAGAAUUGUUAGAAUGAUUGUCCAGCAGGAUGUUAUUUGAUCAGACCUUGUUUUGUGUUAUUCAUGUUUGUGUAGCAAAAUUUAUAUUUAUAUGUAUCUAUUAAAAAUGUAUAACUCCCUUGGUCCAGUUACGCUUAGUAUUGUUCAAAAUAAUUGUUUAUUAUUUUAUUAAUGAAAUGUAAGGUCUAAAAGUUAAUGUUACAAAACAAAGGAUAAUUACAUGUACAUGCAUUUUAUAAUUAAAAUCAAAUGUAAAAUGUGAAUAUUUUUUCUAAGGUCAUCUUAUUGCAAAAUGAAAGAAGAAUACGUAGGCAUUUCUUAGAAAUCUUGUUUUCUGUAGAUAUAUUAAAUGAAUAAAUCUAAAAUUAUCUGAUAGAUGACAAUAUUACAUGACAAUACAACUGUUUAAGCAGAGGCAUAUGAAAUACUUAAAAUUAUGUGCUGGAAAUUUGUAUUCACAAAUAACCAAAUUUGCUAUGGGCCAGUGAAAAUGUCUUGCGCUGCAUUCAAAACUCAUUUUAAACCAAUGAAUGAAAGUCAAAUGUAAACAAAAAUGUUACCAACAUAAUCAUAAAAAAUACACACUGUGUUUUCGUUCGAAAUUAAUGUUUCAUAAAUUGAAAUCUUGUCAGGCAUGUAGACUACUUGUAUUAAUUAAUUAAUUGUAUAGUGUGUUGCUACAGUUUUGUUUGUUAUGAACUUUAAAUAUUGUUAUGUAUAAUUUCAGUGCUGCAAUUACUAUUUGCUUUGUAAAUAAAUAAAUUUUGUCUUCAUAAAAA